AUGACCACCCCGCGCUGCUUCAUCGUUCGACAUGGCGAGACGGAAUGGUCGCUCUCGGGGAAACACACGGGCACCACAGAUAUACCUUUGACAAAGAACGGAGAGAAGCGAGUGCGUGCCACGGGGAAGGCUCUUGUCGGGGACGAUAGGUUGAUUGUGCCGAAGCAAUUGGUUCACAUCUAUGUCUCCCCCCGCCACCGCGCCCAAAAAACCCUCGAACUCCUCAAUCUGGGCUGCCACCAGCCGUACCCUUGGCAAACACCUUCCAAGUCCACGACAACAAACGAAGUACCACCACCGCACGAGACCAACGCGGACGUGACGAUCGACCCGCGCAUCGCCGAGUGGGACUACGGCGACUACGAGGGCAUUACGAGUGCUGAAAUCCGCGAACUGCGCCGCAAACAGGGCCUGGGACCCUGGGAUAUCUGGCGCGACGGCUGUCCCGGUGGCGAGUCGCCCCAGGACAUCAUGGACCGGGUCGACAGCCUGAUCCGCGAGAUCCGCGAGCGAUACCACUCCAAGGUGAUUGGGAAGCCCAAGCAGCCCGGCGUCACGGGCGACGUCCUGGUCGUCGGCCACGGCCACAUCCUGCGCGCCUUCGCCGUGCGCUGGAUCGGCAGACCGCUCACCGAGACGGCCAUGAUCAUGGAGGCCGGCGGUGUCGGCACCCUGAGCUACGAACACCACAACAUCCACGAGCCGGCCAUACUGCUCGGCGGAGGCUUUGUGGUCGGUGACGACAAGGACGAGAUCGAAAAGGACGAGAAAGGUGCAAAGUCAUGA